AUUUUUACCGAAUGAUUUACAUAGUUACCUAACCUUUCAAUACUAUGUUUCUUUGAGACUUUCAUUGUUAAUUUCAUAUUCAUGGUUGCGACAUUUAUGUCAUUAAACUGCCGGUUGACAGUGGAUAAACAAAAGUGGUUGAUUACUGGCAAACGUUCGAUCAACUCUUUAUGAAAUGAACAAAAAUGAAUCGACGAGCAGAUAUGGACCCCUCGUCGGUGCAAUCGAUGAAGGGACGAGUAGUGCUAGAUUUUUGGUGUUUGCUGCAAACACAGCAGAAGUAUUGACAUAUCAUCAGAUUUCAAUAUCACAAACAUGUCCAAAAGAGGGAUGGGUUGAACAAGAUCCUAUGGAAAUAUUGAAAGCGGUUAGGGAAUGCCUUAAUCAAACUAUAUUUAAUUUAAGACAACUUACCAUAAAUCCUAGUGAUAUAGUUGCCAUUGGUAUAACAAACCAAAGAGAAACCACAGUUGUAUGGGAUUCUGUUACAGGAGAACCAUUAUACAAUGCUAUAGUAUGGAUGGAUAUGAGAACCACUUCAAUUGUAGAUGAUAUAUUGAAAAAGAUACGUAAUAAAAAUAAAAAUUAUUUUAAGCCACUCUGUGGUUUACCGAUUAGUCCAUACUUCAGUGCUUUAAAAUUAAAGUGGUUAUUAGAGAAUGUGCCACGAGUCCAGGAAGCACUAGAUCAAGAUAGAUGCAUGUUUGGCACAAUUGAUUCUUGGUUAAUUUGGAAUCUAACUGGAGGAAAGGAUGUUGGUAUCCAUGCUACUGAUGUUACAAAUGCAUCAAGAACAAUGCUGAUGAAUAUCACAACUUUAAAUUGGGAUCCUACUUUGUUAUCAUUUUUCAACAUACCAUCAAAAAUUUUACCAGAAAUUCGGAGCUCAUCGGAAAUAUAUGGUUAUAUUCGCGAUGAUAUUUUAAAUGAGGUUCCAAUAUCAGGGUGCUUAGGCGAUCAACAAUCAGCACUGGUGGGCCAAAUGUGUUUACAAAGAGGUCAAGCAAAAAGUACUUAUGGCACUGGUUGUUUUCUUUUAUAUAAUACAGGAACUGCUAUUGUAGACUCAUCCCAUGGUCUAUUAACAACAGUUGCCUAUCAAUUAGGACCACAAGCACCACCUGUAUACGCGCUUGAAGGUUCUGUAGCUAUAGCUGGGGCGGUUAUUCAAUGGUUGAAAGAUAAUCUUGGAAUAAUAUCAGAUGCAAAAGAAUGUGAAACUCUUAUUGAACAGAUUUCUGCCGAUAAUCGUGUUACAUUUGUACCUGCAUUUGCUGGUUUAUAUGCUCCAUAUUGGAGAAAAGAUGCAAGGAGUGUUGUAUGUGGAAUUACCGAAGAUACCAACAGUAUACAUAUUAUAAAGGCAGCAUUGCAAGCUGUUUGUUUUCAGACAAAAGAUAUUUUACAAGCCAUGAAAAAGGACACUGGAUUAACGUUGUCUAAAUUGUUGGUAGAUGGCGGCAUGACUAACAAUAAUUUGUUAAUGCAAAUGCAAGCUGACAUUUGUGGUAUUCCAGUUGUCAGGCCUUUGAUGUGUGAGACUACUGCACUUGGUGUUGCAAUAGCUGCAGGAAGUGCAGAUGGUAUACGUAAAUGGGAUGUGAAAAUAGAUGCUGCUGUACCAAGUGAUACAUUUUUGCCUUCGAUAACAGAAAAUGAACGCGAUAUAUUGUACACGCAAUGGAAAAUGGCCAUUGAUCGAAGCUUAGGAUGGGAGCCAAUAACAGAUACCAAUGAUGAUGUACAGAAUAUCCAUAAAGCAACUGCUCCCGGUAUAUUUGUGAUAAGUACAAUUGUUCUGCUUAUGAUUGCUAAAUAUCAUUCUAUGUUGUGA